AUGCUCAAUAAGGCUAAAGUGAGAAUACAGAUUUUACUAAAUAAUAAAUAAAACCAGAAAAUCACUUUUGAAAAAAACAAGGAGACAAUAAAAUAAGGCUAGAAGGUACCUAUUGGUCAUUGGUAUGACGGGAUAAGAAUCAAUCUUAAGAUAUGUAUUAAAAUGAAACCAAAAAUAGCAUUUAGUUCUAAACAAAAUUGGAAAUGUAAAAAAGUGUUGGAUAAUAAUGAUAGAUUUUUCAUAAAUCCACCAAUCCUACUACUACUACUAGAGAGACAGAUGUUGAUCCAGAAUAUAGUUAUAUUGAAGUGCUCAAGUUUAAUGAAAUAGGAUGCAACGAUGAAAAUGCUUCAAAUUAAUAAAUAAUUUUUUAAUUUAAAGUUAAUGUUAAAUCAAAGUAUAAAUUAAAGAAUUGGAAUAAAAAGAUCUCAUAUUAAAUCAUAGGAUGUCCUUGGUGGUUAUUAAUUGGAAGUAACCGCUCAUAGAUAAAAAGGUGUGUAACCUCUCUUUUUGAUAAGCAAAGGAAGGUUUGAGGAGUAAUUUUCUGAAAAACCUUGCUCCAGGAUAAUACAAUUUAAAUAAUACUAAUGA